AUGUCUAAUUCAGUGCGUAAGUUGAAGGUAUGGGCACAGGGACCUCCUGGUCCAUUAGGUCGGCAGGGCCCCCAGGGGCCCCAAGGUAUACCUGGCACCCCAGGACUUCCUGGCGAGAAGGGUCAACGAGGAGCCAUAGGAUACCCUGGGGUGUCUGGCCAGAAAGGAGAUCAGGGCGUCAAAGGAUCUAGAGGCCAUGCAGGAUUAGAUGGAGUGCCAGGUCAUCCGGGGCCGGGUGGUGCUCCUGGAUUUCCAGGGAAGGACGGUUGUAAUGGAACCAGAGGAGAUCGUGGGCUGGAUGGUGAGCUAGGGCUACCCGGCCUCCCAGGACCUGUGGGACUACCUGGGAUAAAAGGAGCCAAAGGAGACCCAUCUAAUAGAAUUGUUUUCAUCCUUGGAAAACCUGGUGUCGAUGGACUUCCAGGAAUUUGUGGCCCACGAGGACCUAAUGGGGUCUUUGGCCCUUGCGGUCCACCAGGACAAGUGGGACCUGUAGGAUUUAUGGGCCUACCAGGAUCAGCUGGUCCAAGAGGCCCACCGGGAGAUCCAGGAAGAUCAUUGCCUGGACCGAAAGGAGAAGAGGGGGAGCAGGGUCCUCAGGGGGAACCAGGACCUUUUGAAUAUGUGGAGCCCAAACCAGAAGACUACGUCAAAGGAUAUAAGGGUCCUGAUGGGUGUCAAGCAGAAAAAGGAGAGAAAGGAAUUAUUGGUUUCCCUGGACCUAGAGGGGGACUUGGGGAAAAUGGUCUCCCUGGUCUUUUUGGCAACACAGGACCAAAGGGCUACACAGGAGACCCCGGACCUAUAGGAAAGCGGGAGUACUAUUACCAAAAUGUGACAGGACUGCCUGGAGAUCCAGGGCUCCUUGGUGCAACUGGACCACCUGGUUACAGAGGAAUGAUGGGUAUUCCUGGACCCCCUGGUGAUCAAGGACCAUCAAUAAUAGGUGCUAUGGGUGAAUCUGGUCUCCAGGGUUUACCUGGACUCAGAGGAGAAAAAGGCAACCCAGGAAGAAUACAGACUAAGUUUCUGAAUUUUCCAGGGGAACCUGGGAAACGGGGCCUUCCAGGGCCUAAAGGAAAACGAGGAAAUCCUGGCUCUCCUGGUUACUACUGCCUUCCUGGUGAGCGUGGGGAUCCAGGAAAUGUUGGACAAAGGGGGCGUCCUGGAAUACUAGGUGUCCAGGGUAGGAAAGGUCCUGAUGGGGCGUGUGCAUGUGAACCCCCUGGUGACCUACCUGGCAGGCCUGGCAUUCCAGGAUUUCCGGGUGACCCAGGUGAUCCUGGGCGAAAGGGGUCCCCUGGUCCCAUUGGUGAUGUCGGUCCUUUAGGAAAGAGAGGUGCAGGCGGUGCAACUGGCCCCAGAGGCUUCACAGGAGUCAGAGGAAUUAAAGGAGAGAAAGGAGAUUUCACGGUUUUAAGGAUGAAGGGGCAGAAGGGAGGUAGGGGAACUGUUGGACCAAUCGGGCCACCAGGAUACAGUGGCAGGAGAGGGGCUGAUGGGAAGAUGGGCAUACCUGGAGAUCCUGGACCUCUGGGAUAUAAUGUUGUUGGUCUGCCAGGUGAUAGGGGUUGUCAAGGAAGUGUUGGUGCAAAGGGCUUCAGAGGUCCAGUGGGGCCUCCUGGCCCAUAUAUGAUGGGGGCUGUUGGGCGACGGGGGCAACAAGGAGACCCGGGGGCCCAAGGCCAAACAGGACCCCCUGGCCCCAAAGGGUGCCGAGGUGAAACUCUGCCCUGUGGGACUGGCAUUCUUGGGCCAUCUGGAUUAAGAGGACUGCCUGGUUUUUCAGGUGAGAAAGGGAAGGUUGGAAAUCCAGGAUGCAGAGGGCGAGUUGGACCAGAUGGUUCCAAGGGAGAGAAAGGCGACGCUGGUGAUUAUGGAUGUAGCGGACACAGAGGUCCAGAUGGAUACAAAGGAGAUCCAGGUGGCACUGGUUCUGACGGCGACAGUUUUGAUGGUGUACCUGGCACACCUGGUAACCGUGGACCAGAGGGUCUGAAAGGGUGUUUUGGAGAUGGGGUUGUCGGGGCUCCAGGACCGAUGGGGCCCUCUGGGCUUCAGGGAUGCCACGGCCCUAAAGGUGUCCCUGGACCCCCUGGACCAAUUGGAUUACAAGGUACAUCUGGUAUUCCUGGACUUCUUGGUAGAAAAGGGGAAAAGGGUGCAAAUGGUAUGUCAGGACCACCUGGUUGCCCAGGAAGGAAACCAGAUCAGUGUGAUAGAGGAGAGCCUGGUCUACCUGGCUGCUCAGGACCACCUGGCUUCACUGGACAGCGAGGCCCCCCUGGAGAGAAAGGGUCACUUGGGGAACAAGGAUUUCCAGGCAUAGGAGCCAAAGGAGCACCUGGUAAGCCUGGUACCCCUGGCAAUCAAGGAACUCCAGGCCUUCAGGGGCAUCCAGGACCCAGAGGGGAGAAUGGAAUCACUGGAUGUAAUGGACUGAAGGGUUUGCCUGGAUUUCCUGGACAAGUUGGUUGUUUUGGCAGCUCAGGGCGGACUGGCCCCCCAGGGGCUCCUGGUCUGAAAGGCACACGGGGUCUCAAUGGGCAUCCAGGUUUCCCAGGGGAAAAUGGAUGCAAGGGCCAGAAAGGAUGCAUUGGGCCUCGAGGACCUCCAGGAGACACAAUUACAAUCCCAUUGAAAGGCCAGAAGGGGGCACCUGGACAUUAUGGAGAACCUGGUUUUGCUGGAGCAAGGGGUAAUAAGGGUGCACCAGGACCUCCUGGCCAGCCAGGUUAUCCAGGACUGAAUGGACCUCCAGGGUUUGAAAGUGGCUGUCGUGGACCCCCAGGUACCCCUGGACAGCCAGGUGAGCCUGGAACAUGUGGGCGGCCUGGGCCAAAUGGCAUUAGGGGAUUCCCUGGGGACAGUGGUGAUCCAGGUGACCCUGGAUUGACUGGUAGUUCUGGAACCCCUGGUUUCCCUGGAUUUGAUGGUCCUAAAGGUGAUAAAGGUGACUCUAUCAGUGUGCCAGGCAGAAAAGGUGCGAGAGGGCCGUCUGGAGAAAGUGGCUUGUCAGCUCUGCCUGGUGAUAAGGGAGACCCGGGUGACCCCGGCCCUCAAGGGCCAUGUGGGCCCUUUGGUCCAUCUGGUCCACCUGGGAGCACUGGCCUAAGUGGACCCCCAGGAGUCAUUGGGCCCCCAGGUCCAUGUGGAAAGCAUGGUCCAGAGGGCCCUCCAGGCCCCCCUGGUCAACCAGGCCAUAAAGGAAACAUAGGAAGGACUGGAUUUAGAGGGCCUCCGGGACCCCCAGGGCUCCAUGGACUGGAUGGCCUAAAGGGCGUCAAGGGUGAAAUAGGGUCACGAGGUCUGGGUUUAAAAGGUGAUGAAGGAGCUCAAGGACUGACAGGAGAGAAGGGCAUUCAAGGAGACCCAGGGUUGCAAGGGACAUCACAAACAGGUGUCCAAGGUCCAAAAGGACAGCAGGGUGCACCAGGAGACCCUGGUUUAAUCGGUCCUCCAGGACUUUGUGGUGCAGACUGUAAGAAUGGUAAACUUGGGCAGUGUGGAGAACAGGGUUACCCUGGAACAGAUGGACCACCAGGCCCAAAAGGAGAGGUGGGAGAACCAGGUAUUGUAUUCACAGUUCCUGGUGAUGAAGGUGAAAAAGGUUGUCCUGGGUUACCAGGAUAUAAAGGAGAAAAGGGGUACCCUGGACUCAAUGGCCAACAUGGAUAUCAGGGCCCAGAAGGCCAAAAAGGUGAAAAAGGACAACAUGGACCCAUGGGCCUUCCAGGACCCUUUGGCCCCAUGGGUGAAUGUGGCCCCCAGGGACCCUGCGGUGCUAAAGGAGAGACAGGAGAUCCAGGUCAGAAGGGUGACCCUGGCAUUGCCAAACCUCCUAAGAUUCCCUGUAGCCCUCCACAGGGACCCACUGGUCCUCGUGGUCCUCCUGGCUUGACUGGUAUUGAGGGUGUGGCUGGACCCAGCGGCAGAGUGGGUCCAAAAGGUAUGAAAGGACCAAUAGGAGCUGUGGGAUUCUCUGGACUAUCCGGUCCACCAGGAUUAGAUGGACCUCCUGGAAACCCUGGAGAAGAUGGCCUGAGAGGACCACCGGGCUUUCAGGGAUCCCAAGGAACUCCUGGUGAACGGGGUCCUCCUGGAAAUAAUGAGAGGUUUACUUCGGGAUUCCUUUUGGUAAUGCAUAGCCAGUCUGAAGAAGUGCCUGCUUGUCCCCAGGGCCUGACCCAGCUUUGGGAGGGCUACAGCCUGCUUUAUCUAGAGGGUCAAGAGAGAGCACACACACAAGACCUGGGUCAGGCAGGUUCAUGUUUGCGUAUGUUCAGCACCAUGCCCUUCUCCUGCUGUAAUAUGGAAAACUGCAACUACGCUAGCCGCAAUGACAAAUCUUAUUGGCUGUCUACCACCGCUUCGAUUCCUACGAUGCCUCUGGUGGGGCCAGAAAUUCAGCCACACAUCAGCAGGUGUGUGGUGUGUGAGGCUCCAUCACCAGCCAUUGCAAUACACAGUCAAGACACAUCUACACCACAGUGUCCACACACAUGGAGAAGUCUUUGGACUGGAUAUUCAUUCCUGAUGCACACAGGAGCAGGGGACGAGGGAGGCGGACAGUCUCUGACGUCAACAGGAAGCUGCUUGCAGGACUUUCGCAGUCAGCCAUUUGUGGAGUGUCAAGGGCCGCGUGGCACGUGCCAUUAUUUUGCCACCAUCUACAGCUUCUGGCUGACUAGAGUGAGCGGACAUCACUUUAACCAGAGCCCUCACAGUACUGUACUAAACAGCGAACAGGAGCAGCGCAGCAGCGUCAGCCAAUGCAAUGUCUGCAUGAGGGAGUGAUGUCAUCACACGUCACUCACAUUUUCUAGAAAACUGCACUGAGAAUGCACAUCAGUAGGUCACCAGAGUGGAAGUGAUUCCAGAUGUUUUUGGUCACUUGUGUGGAGAGGGGAGAAAAAAAAAAAACUUUGUUGAACUACAGGCUGUGAACUUUGCUGAUACUUUUUGUUCCCUCACAGCUCAUUUAAACACAUUUUCCUUUAAAAGAAUAGUUCACCCCAAAAUGAAAAUCAUGUCAUUAUUUACUCCCUCAUGUCGCUCUGAACCCGUAUGACUGUUGUUUUGCAGAACAGAAAAGGAGAACAUUUAAUGAAUAUAUUGGUCCAUCAAUACAAUGGCAGUGGAUAGUGAUUAAUUUUUAAGCUUCAAAUAGGACGUAAAAAUGUCAUAAAAGUAGUCCAUGCAACUCAUGCGUCAUAUACUAAAUCUUCUGAAGGCAUACGAUAGGUUUUAGUGAGAAACAACACAACUAUGUUUGAGGUCUGUUGCAUGUUUAUGAACACUACGAGGGAAGCUCAUUCACAGUGGCACGCAUGUUCACGCAAAAACUUGCAUUGUUUAGCGUUAAAAAGAAAGUCAUAUGGGUUUAGAGUAAAUUAUGACAGAAAUUUUAUUUUAUGCAUGAACUAUUCCUUUUUUCUUUACGUAAUGCACCUUUGGUUUUAUUAUGUUUGGUGCUAGAAAAAAUUAAAACCAUUUGCACAAAUGUCUAUAUGCCAAUGUUAAUUUCCCCCUCUUUCCCAGGACUGCAUCAAAAAAUAAUUUAUUUCACCUGCAUGUUGUCUCUACACAUCAAGGCAUUAUCAGCGCAAUCUUCUAAUGAUAGUUUUGGUAUAUGGUACCAUUUUUAACCAAAACAAAGCAUUAAUUCUAAACCUGAACAUUAACUUAACUGGUAACACUUUACAAUAAGGUUCCAUUUGUUAACAUUAAUUAACAACAUUAGUUAACAUGAACUAACAAUGAACAAUACUUUUACAGCAUUUAUUAAUCUUGGUAAAUGUUCAUUUUGAACAUAUAUAAUACAUUUUUAAAAUCAAAAGUUGUAUAUGUUAACAUUUGUGAGUGCACUAUGAACUAACAAUGAACAAUUGUAUUUUUAUUAGCUAACAUUAAGGGGAAAGUUCACCCAAAAAUGAAAAUGUUCUCCCUCAUUUACUCUCCCUCAUGCCAUCACAGAUGUGUAUGACUUUCUUUCUUCUGCUGAACACAAACGUAAAU